AUGGCAGACACUCAGAGAAACAGAAACCGUCCCACCGCCGUCACCAACCACCGGCAGCCAAAUCGCCUCCAAAGCCGCGCUCCGUCGUCACUUCAAAUCAACCGCACCGUCGAAUGGAACGUUGCGAUUCCGCUUCUGUCGCCGGUGGCUUCGUCACCGCCGCCACCUCCGCAAGGGAAAAAGGAGGAGAUGAAACCGCAGCAGCAACGGCGGCAGAUCGGAGAACAGGAAAAGAUAGUUUUCAAAAAGUGGCAGCAUCCUGCACAACCGUUUUGCUAUGAACAUGCUUCGGUUGUUCCACCCUUCUGUUAA